AUGUUCUCGACGGUGACGGAAAGGACGCCUGCGACGGUGGGGAAGUUGUCGCCGUCUUCAGGGGUACUCAGUAUUCCUGAUAACGUCAGCCCCGUGACGACGGAGGAGGUGCCAAAGAGCCGCGACAGCCUUCACAAUGAUGUGUCCCUGUCGGAGCUGUCGCGGCAGGCUGUGCUGCAGUCCGAGCCGGUGGUGCUACGCUUGAACCACGUUGGCAAAAGCUACCCUAUUGCCGGCUCCGAUGAGCGAGUUGUGGCGCUCAAGGAUAUUACCCUGGCGGAGCCAGAGCAUUCGAACGCGGCAGCAGCGACUCAGGAGGCCUCCUUCACGAACUCCAGGCAACGCGGCAACCUACCUCCGCCGUUUUCGCCGGUGCGACGCGGCGAGUUUGUCAUGAUCCGUGGGCCCAGCGGUGGUGGCAAGACAACGUUGCUAAACAUCAUUGGCAGCAUCGACUCCUGCACCGAAGGUACAGUCGAGCUAAAUGGGAUCAUCAUCGACAAGGACACCAAGGAGAGCGUUUUGGCAGACAUCCGCCUGAAAAAUCUCGGCUUCGUGUUCCAGACGUUUAACUUGAUCGCCACCAUGACAGCCGCUGAGAACGUCGAGCUGCCUAUGACGCUACUGGGCAAGAUGUCGGCGAAAGCAAUGCGGCUGCGGUCUCGCCAACUGCUCACGCUAGUCGGACUGCGCAACCGCAUCAACCACCUCCCCUCCGAGCUCAGUGGUGGCGAGCAGCAGCGUGUGACGAUUGCGCGAAGUUUGGCGAACAAUCCGUCUCUCCUCUUGCUCGACGAGCCGACAGGCGACCUGGACACGGCUAACACGAUCGAGGUGAUGGAUCUCCUCAUGCGCAUCAACCGCCGCACCAAGACGACGUGCAUCAUGGUCACACAUAAUCCUGACAUCGAGUGCUACGCUGACCGCAUCCUUUACGUGAGCGACGGCCGCUUUGCCAAGGAGGUUUUCAAUACGCUGCCUACGUGCCUCAAACUGGAGAGCUACACCAAGUACCUGGCCGCCAAAGAGAAGGCGAUCACUGGUUUUGCGGAGGCCGGGACUGGCGAGGAUGACAGCGAGCCGGGAACCACUGCGGCGGUGGCAGGAGACAUCGAGAACAAGGAUUGUGAGGUUCAAAAGCCGAACUCCGAGGUGCUGAUAGAGUCGCUUACCGAGGGGCGACCAGCGUGUCCCAUGGUGCCGCCUGCCACGUCGCGCUCCGCAGCUGCACACCCUCUCUGCCCUCCGGCCGCCGCCAUGGCACUGAGCAUCAACAGCGUCACGCAGACUUUCCUAGACAACACGCAUCACGGCAUCGCCUCCGUGCCCCCUGCGUCCAUUUCUUCACCGGUGUUGCACCACGAGGAGAGGGAGGUCCCCAACGCACUGUAG